GUUGUUAUCCAUAAUGUCUAAUGUGCAUGCGUAGCUCCUCCGUUUCGGUUUUCUAAAAUGGAAACACAAAUAUAUUCCACAGCAGCAGUGAGAUUCCUCUUCCUCCCAUGCGCCAAAAAUAUGUCUAGGUUCGAGAUUGUUUCUCUCAUGCCAACUCGUUUUCACUCAUCGCCCGCAACGAUUCUGCUUCUCGCCUUUUCCCCAUUCCUGUAGUCCAUUUUCAUCGCGCUUAGUCCAACAGUCAUGCUCUUUCCUCUUCCCAAACUCCAGCAGUAGGUCUGUAACACACUAACACGUCAACCUAAAGGCCUCCCCCCCCCCCCCCCUCCCUUUGCCACCCUCUCUCCGAUCACCGCCGCCGUCGCCAUGUCUUCAUCUGGGUUUCGCCCUCUGGACGAGAAGUCUCUGAGGGAGUACAUAAAGGCCACGCCGUCUCUCUCCUCUAGGGUCGCCGACAAGAUUGAUGAUUUGAAGAUCAAAGAGGUCGGAGACGGCAAUCUCAACUUCGUUUACAUCGUCGUUGGCUCCGCCGGUUCGUUUGUUGUCAAGCAGGCUCUUCCAUACAUACGUUGUAUUGGGGAAUCAUGGCCGAUGACGAAGGAACGUGCAUAUUUUGAGUUCCUCACAUUGAAAGAGCACGCUCAUUUGUGCCCUGAUCAUGUUCCAGAAAUCUAUCAUUUUGACCAUGAAAUGGCUUUGAUUGGCAUGCGCUACUUGGAGCCUCCUCAUAUUAUCCUGAGAAAAGGCCUGAUAGCUGGAAUUGAAUAUCCGUUGCUUGCAGAACACAUGUCAGAAUAUAUGGCAAGGACCCUUUUCAAAACAUCCCUUCUAUACCAUUCCACUACGGAGCACAAGCGUGGGGUUUCUGAAUUUUGCGGGAAUGUGGAAUUAUGCAGGCUCACUGAGCAGGUCAUUUUCUCUGAUCCUUACAAGGAGUCUGAGCAUAACCGGUGGACUUCCCCUUAUCUUGAUCGAGAAGCAUUGGCUGUCCGCGAGGACAAUAUUUUGAAGCUUGAGGUUGCUGAAUUGAAAUCCAUGUUUUGUGAGAGAGCCCAAGCCUUAAUACAUGGAGAUCUCCACACUGGCUCCGUUAUGGUCACUACUGAUUCAACUCAGGUUAUUGAUCCAGAAUUUUCUUUUUAUGGACCAAUGGGUUUUGAUAUAGGAGCCUUCCUAGGGAACUUGAUCUUGGCUUUCUUUGCACAAGAUGGACAUGCAGAUCUGGGGAAUGACCGUAAGGCAUACAAAGAUUGGAUUCUACAAACAAUGGAAAAGACUUGGAAUCUUUUCUAUAAAAGAUUCACUGCACUCUGGGAUGAACACAAGGAUGGCUCCGGGGAGGCAUAUCUUCCUGCAGUUUAUAACAAUCCUGAUCUUCAGCUUCUUGUGCAGAAGAAAUAUAUGAAAGAUUUGUUCCAUGAUUCUCUUGGAUUUGGUGCUGCUAAAAUGAUAAGGAGGAUUGUUGGGGUUGCCCAUGUUGAGGAUUUUGAGUCAAUUGCCGAUCCUAAAAAACGAGCAGAUUCUGAGCGGCAGGCUCUUGAAUUUGCAAGGAUGCUUCUAAAGGAAAGGAGGAGAUUUGUGGCCAUCAGUGAAGUUGUUUCAGUCAUUCGGGAGCUCCAUUCACAGAGUUAUGAAUAAAGUUCAACACAAGCAAUGACUGUUUUUCCUAUACAAAGAACCCCAUUUUGAAACUAAAGAUCACUUGGGUCAAUCUUUAUAACUCAUCGCUGUUUAUGUUAAUUAUUUUUAUGCUUUGGCAGUCCUGUGGUUGCUUUUGAUGUACUUUUCUGUUCCAUUAUCGACCAUGGAUGCAAGUGAUGUGCCAGAUCAUACGACAGUUCUUAAAACAUUUUUAUUUCAAGGGUCUUUAAGUAA